AAAAUGUCGAACGAAAAGGAAAGAGAAAAUCAUGUUUACUUGGCGAAGCUGGCCGAACAAGCUGAGCGUUAUGAAGAGAUGGUUGAAAGUAUGAAGAGUGUUGCAAAACUUAAUGUUGAACUUACUGUUGAAGAGCGCAACCUCCUAUCAGUUGGAUACAAGAAUGUCAUUGGUGCAAGGAGGGCAUCUUGGCGUAUUAUGUCAUCAAUUGAACAAAAGGAGGAAUCAAAAGGAAAUGAAGGCAAUGUCAACCUGAUCAAGGGUUAUCGUAAAAAGGUUGAGGAUGAACUUUCCAAAAUUUGCAGUGACAUUCUCGAUAUCAUAGAUAAGCAUCUGAUACCCUCUUCUGGCUCAGGAGAAGCUACUGUUUUCUACUACAAGAUGAAAGGUGACUACUACCGGUACCUUGCUGAGUUCAAGACCGACCAGGAAAGGAAGGAUGCUGCUGAACAGUCAUUGAAGGGCUAUGAGGCUGCUUCUGCUGCUGCAAAUACAGACCUUCCUUCAACCCACCCAAUCCGUCUUGGCCUGGCACUCAAUUUCUCAGUUUUCUACUAUGAGAUUAUGAAUUCUCCCGAGAGGGCCUGCCAUUUGGCUAAACAAGCUUUUGAUGAGGCAAUUGCUGAGUUGGACUCCUUAAGUGAGGAAUCUUACAAAGACAGCACCUUGAUCAUGCAGCUCUUGAGAGAUAACCUCACUCUUUGGACCUCUGAUUUACCCGAAGAUGGAGGUGAUGAAAACCACCCGAAAGGCGAAGAAUCGAAAUCAGCUGAACCAGAGGAGAAGAAGCAGCAGCAGUGAUGGGAGAAACUAGGAAAGCCCAUGGUGGGCAGUAGGCAUUGAUAAGAGAGUAUUAUUGGUAUGGGGUUAUCUUUUUAUACAAAAGGGAAUCAAUCCAUGUUUUUGGUUUUGGAU